CCAGGCUUACAGGCUCAGCUCUUGUGAGGAAGUCGGAAGUUGCGGUUUGCGCUGCACCUUGGGCUCGAUUGUGUGGAGAGCUGGGUCAGCUCGGUAGCCCCACCAUGGUGAGCGAGUGGUUGCUCUCCACAGAUGGGGAAGAAUGGUGGGCCAAGACGAGCGAGGGGCUGCUGUCCCCAGGAAAAGAGGAUUGGCCGGCCAUGAAUGCAGUGACCUAUGACGAUGUGCAUGUUGACUUCACUUGGGAAGAGUGGGCUUUGCUGGAUCCUUCCCAGAAGCGUCUCUACAAAGAUGUGAUGUUGGAGACCUACAGGAACCUCACUGCUAUAGGUUACAAAUGGAAAGAUCAUCAUAUUGAAGAACAUUGUGAAAGUUCUAGAAGACAUGGAAGGCAUGAAAGAAGCCAUACUGGAGAGAAACCAUCUGAAUAUGCUCAAAGUGUUCAUUCCUAUGCAUAUCAUAAUCAUCUUCAAAGGCAUGAAAGAAUCCAUACUCGAGAGAAACCCUAUGGAUGUAAUCAAUGUGGUAAAGCCUUUUCACAACACUGGUAUCUCCAAAUACAUAAAAGAGAACAUACUGGAGAGAAACCCUAUGAAUGUAAUCAAUGUGGGAAAGCCUUUGCAUGUAACAGUAGUCUCCAAAAACAUAAAAGAACACAUACUGGAGAGAAACCCUAUGAAUGCAAUCAAUGUGGUAAAGCCUUUGUAUGUCACAAUUAUCUCCAAAUCCAUAAAAGAAAACAUACUGGAGAGAAACCCUAUGAAUGUAAUCAAUGUGGUAAAGCCUUUACACGUCACUCUAUUCUCCAAAUCCAUAAAAGAACACAUACUGGAGAGAAACCCUAUGAAUGUAAUCAAUGUGGUAAAGCCUUUACACAUCACUCUAGUCUCCGAAUACAUAAAAGGACACAUACUGGAGAGAAACCCUAUGAAUGUAAUCAAUGUGGGAAAUUCUUUAUACUUCACUCUGUUCUCCAAAUCCAUAAAAGAACACAUACUGGAGAGAAACCCUAUGAAUGUAACCAAUGUGGGAAAGCCUUUGCAUAUCACAAUUAUCUACAAAUUCAUAAAAGAACACAUACUGGCGAGAAACCCUAUGAAUGUAAUCAAUGUGGGAAAGCCUUUCCAGGUCCCAGUCAUCUUCAAAUGCAUGAAAAAACACAUACUGGUGAGAAACCCUAUGGAUGUAAUCAAUGUGGGAAAGCCUUUGCAUCAAACAGUAGUCUCCAAAUCCAUAAAAGAACACAUACUGGUGAGAAACCCUAUGAGUGCAAUCAUUGUGGUAAAGCCUUUGCACGUCACAGUUAUCUCCAAAUCCAUAAAAGAACACAUACUGGUGAAAAACCCUAUGAGUGUAAUCAAUGUGGUAAAGCCUUUGCAUGUACUGUUACUCUCCGAAAACAUAAAAGAACACAUACUGGAGAGAAACCCUAUGAAUGUAAUCAGUGUGGUAAAGCCUUUGCACAGCAUAGUCAUCUUCAAAGACAUAAAAGCACACAUACUGGAGAGAAACCCUAUGAAUGUAAUCAAUGUGGUAUAGCCUUUUCACAACCCGCAUAUCUUCAAAUACAUAAAAGAACACAUACUGGAGAGAAACCCUAUGAAUGCAAUCAAUGUGGAAAAGCCUUUGCAUGUCACAGGAGUCUCCAAAUCCAUCAAAGAACACAUACUGUCGUCUUCAGAUGUUUAAGAUCCACAGUAUGCUCUGCCCAAAGUGAGAUUCACACACUUCAUUUAAUCAACACAAAAGGAAGAGAUGACCUUGUCCAUGUUUGAGGAACAGCAGGUGUCAAUUGACUUCAGAGUGUCAGCAUACCAGGAGGAAAGUCUCUGAUGGGUGAAUUUUGGUAGGCAAGUCCCUGAGACCCCAGACCCCAGAGUGUCUUUUGCUUCUGCUGUGCCUUUACAUGUUUGCCCCUGCCAUCUUCCUUUGCUAUCUGUCAUGGUGUGAAUGAGUGUGGGGAGAUUCCCACUGCCUGUAAUAAUGUAGUGUGUUUAUCUCAUGAAACAUCCCAUUCUACUGGGCAUUUUUUUAAAUUUUUCUUUAUUUAGAAAUUUUUUCAUUUUACAUACUAACCACAGGUAUCCCUCCAUCCCUUUCUCCCACUCCCCCAUACCUCCCUCUACCCCACCCUCAUCCAAUCCUCAUGGGGAUAAGGCCUCCCUUGGGUAAUCAACAUAGGCUGGCAUACCAACUUGGGGCAGGACCAAGCCCCUCCCCCAUGAAUCAAGGCUGAGCAAGGCAUCCCACCAUAGGUAAUUAGCUCUAAAAAGCCUGUUCAUGUACCUGGGAUAAGUCCUGAUCCCACUGCCGGGGCCCCACAAACAGAUCAAGCCACACACCUGUCACCCACAUGCAGAGGGCCUAGUUCAUUCCCAUGCAGGCUCCCCAGCUGUCAGUCCAGAGUCCAUGAGCUCCCAUUAGCUUGGGUCCGCUGUCUUUGUGGUUUUUCCCAUCAUGAUCUUGACUCCCCCCUUGCUCCUAUAAUUCCCCCUCUCUUCAGCUGAACUCCAGGAGCUCAGCCAAGUGCAUGGCUGUAGGUCUCUCCAUCUGUUUCUAUCAGUCACUAGAAGUAGGUUCUAUGAUGACAAUUAGGGUAGUCACCAAUCUAACUACAGGGAAGGCUAGUUCAGGUACCCUCUCCACCAUUGCUAGGAGUCAUAGUUGGGGUCAACCUUGUGGGUUCCUGGGGAUUGCCCUAGCACCAGGUGUCUCCCUAACCCCAUAAUGGCUCCCUCUGUCAAGAUAUCUUUCAUUGCUCUUGCUCUCCAUCCUUCAUCCUUCCCCCAACAUAGCCAUCUCAAUCCCUCAUGUUCCCACCCCUCAUCUUCUCCCCUCAUUCCCCCUCCCAGUUUACCCAGGAGGUCUUAACCAUUUUGCCUUCCUGGGGAGAUUGAUGCAUGACCCUUUUAGGGUCCUCUACCUAUCUUUUCUGGGUUUGUGGAUCAUAGCCUAGUUAUUCUUUGCUUUGAAUCUAAUAUCUAUUUAUAAGUGAGUACAUACCAUGUUUGUCUUUCUGAGUCUGGGUUACCUCAUUCAGGAUGAUUUUUUUCCAGUUCCAUUUAUUUGCCUCCAAAUUUCUUGAUAUCAUUGUUUCUAACAGCUGAGUAAUGCUCCAUUGUGUAAAUGUACCACAUUUUCUUGACCCUUUCUUUGGUUGAGGGGCAUCUAGGUUGUUUUCAGGUUCUGGCUCUUAAAAAUAAUGCUGUUAUGAACAUAGUUGAUCAAGUGUCCUUGUAGUAUACUUGAGCAUCUUUUGGGUAUAUGCUCAAGAGGGGUAAUGCUGGGUCAUGAGGUAGGUUGAUUCCUAAUUUUCUAAGUAACCUCCAUAUUGAUUUCCAGAAUAGCUGUACAAGAUUACAGCAGUGGAGGAAUGUUCCCUUUUCUCCACAUCCCCUCCAACAUAAGGUGUCAUCAUUGUUUUUUAUCUUAGCCAUUCUGACAGGCAUAAUUUGGUAUCUCCUGAUAUCUCCAAGGGGUGUUGGAUUUUGUCAAAGGCAUUUUCAGCAUUUAAUGAGAUGACCAUGUGGUUUUUUCAGUUUGUUUAUUUGUUGGAUUACAUGUGCAUAUUUUCAUAUGUUGAACCAUCCCUGCAUCUCUGGGAUGAAGUCUACUUGAUCAUGGUAGAUGAUAUUUUGAUGUGUUCUUGGAUUACAUUUGCCAGUAUUUUAUUGAGUAUUUUUGCAUCAAUGUUCAUGAGGGAGAUUGGUCUGAAAUUCUCUUUCUUAGUUGUGUCUGUGUAGUUUGAGUGUCAGGGUAUCUGUAGCCUCAUAAAAAGAGUUUGGCAAUGUUCCUCCUGUUUCUAUUUGUGGAACAGUUUGAGGAGUAUUGAUAUUACUACUUCUUUGAAAUUCUGGAAGAAUUUUAUGCUGAAACCAUCUGAUCCUGGACUUUUUUUGGUUGGGAGACUUUUAAUGAUUGCUUCUAUUAGCAUCCUUAGAGGUUAUAGGUCUAUUUAAAUUAUCUAUCUGAUCUUGAUUUAAUUUUGGUAUUUAAUUUUCCUUUCAGGAAAAUUGUCCAUUUCUUUUACAUUUUCCAAUUUUGUGGAGUACAGGUUUUUGAAGUAUAUCCUAAUGAUUCUCUGGAUCAGUGUGUGUUGUUACAUUCCCCUUUUCAUUUCUGAUUUUGUUAAUUUGGAUAUUCUUUAUCUGCCUUUUGGUUAGUUUGGAUAAGGGUUUGUCUAUCAAAGAACCAACUCUUUGUUUCACUGAUUCUUGCUAUUAUUCUCUAUGUUUCUAUUUUAUUGAUUUCAGCCCUCAGUUUGAUUAUUUCCAGCCAUCUACUCCUGGGUGAAUUUGCUUCUUUUUGUUCUAGAGCUUUCAAAAUUUUUCCAGAUUCUUUAUGUAGGCACAUAGUGCUAUAAACUUUCCUCUUAGCACUACUUUCAUAGCAUCCCUUAAGUUUGGAUAUGUCAUGGAUUCAUUUUCAUUGAAUUCUAAGAAGUCUUUAAUUUCUUUCUCUACCCAGUGGUAAUUCAGUUGAGAGUUGUUCAGUGUCUAUGAGUUUAUAGGCUUUCUGUAGUUUGUGUGGUUGUUGAACUCUAACUUUUACCCAUAGUGAUCCAAUAAGAUACAUGGAGUAAUUCCACUUUUUUUGUAUCUGUAAGAUUUGCUUUGUGACUGAAUGUGUGGUCAAUUUUAGAGAAGGUUCCAUGAGGUGCUGAGAAGAAGGUAUGUUCUUUUGUGUUUGGGUGAAAUGUUCUAUAGAUGUCUCUUAGGUCCAUUUGAGUCAUACCAUCUGCUAGUUCCCUUAUUUCUCUAUUAAGUUUUGGUCUAGCAGACUUGUCCAUUGGUGAGAGUGAAGUGUUGAAGACUUUUAAUGUGUGAUAUUUGAUGUGUGAUUUAAGCUUUAGUAAUGUUUCUUUUACAAAUGUAGGUGCCCUAGUAUUUGGGGCAUAGAUGUUCAGAAUUGAGACUUCAUCUUCAUGGAUUUUUCCUGUGAUGAAUACAAAAUGUCCUUCUCCAUCUCUCUUUAUUAACUUUAGUUUGAAGUCUAUUUUAUUAGAUAUUAGGAUAGCUAUACCAUAUUUCUUAGGUCCAUUUGGUUGGAAAAUCUUUUCCUAACCCCUUACUCUGAGGUAAUGUCUGUCUUUGAGGUUGAGGUCUGUUUCUUGUAUGCAGCAGAAGGAUGGAUCCUGUUUUUGUACCCAUGCUGUUAGCCUGUGUCUUUUUAUAAGCAAAUUGAGUCCAUUGAUAUUAAGAGAUGUUAAUGACCACUGAUUGUUAAUUCUUGUUAUAUUUGGUUUUGGUGGUGGUGCUGUAUUUGGUAGUGUGUGUGUGUGCUUCCCUUCUUUGGGAUUUGCUGGUGUGAGGUUAUCUUUUGCCUGUGUUUUUUUGGGUGCAGCUAACUUCCUUGAGUUGAAGUUUUCCUUCUAGUGGUUUCUGUAGGGCUAGAUUUUUGGAUAGGCAUUGUUUAAAUCUGGUUAUGUCAUAGAAUAUCUUGUUUUCUCCAUCUAUGGUGAGUGAAAGCUUUGCUGGGUAUAAUAGUUUGGGAUGGCAUAUGUGGUCUCUUAGUGCCUGUAGGACCUUCUGGCUUCCAGAGUUUCCAUUGAGAAGUCAGGUGUAAUUCUGAUUGAUCUGUCUUUUUAUAUUACUUGGCCUUUUUCCUUUGCAGCUCUUACUAUUCUUUCUUUAUUCUGUAUGUUUAGUGUUUUAUUAUGUGGCAAGGUGACUUUUUUUUUGGUCCAGUCUAUUUGAUGACCUGUCAGCUUCUUGUGCCUUCAUAGGUAUGUCUUUCUUUAGGUUAGGAAAGUUUUCUUCUAUGAUUUUGUUGAAUAUAUUUUCUGUGUCUUUGAGCUGGAAUUCUCCUUCUUCUAUCCCUGUUAUUCUUAGGUUUGGUCUUUUCAUGGUGUCACAGAUUUCCUGGAUGUUUUGUGUUAAAAAUUUGCUGGAUUUAACAUUUUCUUUGACUGAUGAAUGUAUUUCCUCUAUUGUAUCCUCAAUGUCUGAGAUUCUCUCUUCCAUCUUUUGUAUUCUGUUGGUUAUGCUUGCAUCUGUAGUUCCUCUUCAUUUACUCAGAUUUCCCUUUUCCAGAAUUCCCUCAGUUUGUGUUUUCUUUAUUGCCUGUGUAUUUCAAUAUUCAGGUCUUGAACUGUUUCCUUCACCUGUUUGAUUGUUUUAUCUUGGCUUUCUUUAAGGGGUUUAUUGAUUUUUGUCAAACUUUUUUGUUUGUAUUUUCCUCCAUUUCUUUAAGGGAAAUUUUCAUUUCCUCUUUAAGGGCCUCUAUCAUCUUCAUGAAGUUAUUUUUAAGGUUGUUUUCUUCUGCUUCAUCUGAGUUGGGAUGUUCAGGUCUUUCAGUUGUAGAACCACUACUUUCUGUUGGUGCCAUAUUGCUCUUUAUGCUGUUGAAUGUAUUCUUACACUGCUGUCUACCCAUUUCUUCCUCCAAUCUAUACAGGUGGAGCCUGUGUCUCUGGGAGUCCCUCUUCCUCCAAUCGGUGCAGGUGGGGCCUGUGGGUCCAGUGGUUGCUCUUCCAGUUGGUGAAGGUGGGGCCUACAUUUCCAGUGGUCACUGGUGCCAUGGGAGAAGGUUGCUGAGAGGGUGGGGGAGGAUGCUGUUGCCUGGUCUUUGGGGCUGGAAUUGGUGGGGAAGGGGCACAGUCCAGCCAGCAGCUCAGGGACUCACAGCUUCUCAAUCAUCUCUAGUGCCACAGGGGAUCUCUACUGGGCAUUUUUACCUGUGGAUUAUUAUGAAGAUGAUUCCUUUCCUAAGCUCUACUGUCUAAUUGAUAAUAAUAAUAUUAGUUUAUUCAGUUUUGAUGAAUAAAAAUAGAUACAAGGAAAUAUAACACAGCUAGGCUUAUGAGUUUCCCCUAAGGAGCUAUAUAGAUCACAGUUUAGGUUAAUGACUAAGGAAAACAAUUGAGCCCCCAGGAGCCAGGCUGGCUGUAAUUCUUUUAAUGCUGAAUAAUGCAGUCACAGGUUGCUGGGUGCAUCAUUAGCUGAAACAGUGCCUUAAAAUAACUUCAAGUUAGCUCCAAUGUUUUGAUAAUAACUUUGAGAUGACAAACUUCAGAAAACAAUCGAAAGUUCACAAGAACACAUAGUUGAGUUAUAGAUUCAUUAGUUUAGGGUCAAAAAUACAAAGCAGCCCAAUUGUUACUACCUGACAUACUUUUCUUGCUAGGUUUGGUUGGUGAUCAAAGGCGAUAAUUAAUUCUUUGUACCCAUUUUUGUACCCUUAAUUUGUACCCUUAAUUGCCUGAUAUAAGAAACUAUUGAUGAGUGGUAUGCAUGACAAAGAUUCAAAGUAGAGCUGACUGAUUCUUUUUCAUAUAUAAAAGUUUAGGUUUGUGAUUCCUUUAAGAUUCCUUAUAUGAUUACCUUUGAAGAUAAGUAAUAAAGUAAUUGGCCCUGUCUUUGUAACUGCAAAACUGCAGCCUGCCAGUAAAAAAAACUGAGAAAAAUAUCUUGCUUGCCUAUAUAGUUAAUCUAUAUCAAGUUGCUUGGCUAUGAAUGUAUGUGGGUUCUUUUGAUAAUUUGUUUUUUAUCUGUUAUAUGUUUAAUAUGUAAAUUUUUAAUCGUAAGGAAUAUAGAAAACAUGCUGUUUUAUACUGUUUGUUUGAUAUUCAUUGUAAUCAUUCACUUGUAAUUUUUAUAUUGUGUGGAUGAUUUUGUUGGGGUAUAUAAGGUGUAAGAAAAAGAAUAGAGUUAAAAUAGACUAGAAGGAAAACAUCAAUAAAGAGAGUUAAAAUGAGUUAGAAGGAAAACAUCAAGAAUGAGACUUAGAAGGAACUAGAAGAGAAACAUCAAUAAUAAAGAGUUAGAUGGAAUACAUCUGGAAAGAGAGAAGGAAAUCACCAGGAAAAGAAAGAAUAGAGAAUGCAAAAGAAUAAAGAAAAGAUCUGAAGGAAACUA